AUGGCUUGCAGACGUAUGCAACAUAUGUCCGUCAUGUCUCGAGAACGACGACAAUACAUGCGAAAAGCAAAAGAUCUCAGGCUACUACACCCCUGGUACCUUCUAACAGUUGUCAUUAGUAGUGCCGGCGGAGGACUUGGUCAUCUGGCAGUGCAAUAUGCGUCCCGUGCCAUGGGUUUCCGCGUUAUUGCCAUUAACGGAAGCAGCAAAGAAGCCUUGUGCAAGGAGUGCGGCGUAGAAGAAUUUCUUAAUUUCAUGCAGCACACUAACGAAGAGCUUGAGGCUACGAUCAAGAAGAUUGCAAAUAAUGGCCGCAGAGCGAAUGCGGUACUAGUUGUUAGUGCAGCGAACAAGAGUUAUGAGCAAGGCUUGAAGUUCUUGAAGCCUUAAGGCACGCUGGUCUGCAUUAGGAUGCUAGAGGGAACGCCCAUACCGAUUCAGUCUGCGCAUCCAGCGAAGAUCACAGUACAACAAUUUAGGAUCAUAGGUUCUGCGGUUGGAACUAGACUCGAGGC